UUGUUUUGCGCUCCCGAAUCAUUCCACAGUGAUCACAUGGAAGCAUUUCACACCGUGAUAGCUCAACUCCAAAACAAGCCAAAUCUGAAAGAGUUACGCAUUGAUGUGCGGGGCUACACCCUAGAGGGUCUGGGAGCACUUAGAAGCCUCGAGGAACUUACAUUGAAUGUGCGGAUGGAUAUUGAUGAUUUGAUUGAAAUCUGCCGCCUGAACAAAAACUUGCGAGUUUUGAAAUACAUGAAUAAUGAAACGGGAGGAAAGAGGCUGGCCGAGAUCGCCCCACAUUGCAGACAGUUGGAAGAACUCACCUUCAAAAUGAGAACCGACUGCGAUGCAAGCGAAUACAGGCCUUUGGCUAAGAUUCCCAGACUGAAAUACUUACAAAUCGCAGGCGUCCACGAGAAGGGCACUCUUCAGCCCCUGCUGGAGGCAUUGGCCUGCAAAGACCUCUACACAUUGUCCAUAGUCGAUGCAACAUUGGACCACAAUGAAACGCAGGAAAUGGCCCAGAUCGAUACAUUAAUGCGAGUGGAGUGUGGAUUUGACGAUCCCCAGAGCAUUGGGCUCUUGUCCCAACUGACCCAACUCUACAACUUGAAGAUACUGUCCAAACACGACUUUGGCGCGAUAUCGGAGCCAGUUCGGAAGAUUUUAGUGGACGAAGAGAAUGCGGAUGCCUCGGACUACAGUCCACUUUUUACGCUGCCAGGUUUGGCUGGCCAGGAUAGCACUUUGAGAAUUCAAAAAUCGCCCCAAGUUGCUUUACUUAAGUCGAUUCUCAAUGGAUUCAGAAACGCACCUACAAUGCCGAAAUUGUGGUUGGAAAAUAUCACGGCAGAGGAAUUCGCAGCUGUAUCUGAAAUCGUAUCCCUGAAGAGGUUGACGUGUGGAUUUGCCGAAACACAAAACGCUGAGCUCCUAUCGGAGCUACCGGAGCUCGAAGAAUUGACUAUUACAUCUGAGCCAUUAUCUCCAGGAUCCCUCCAGGGCCUCCUGGCUGCUCUGGCCUCGAAGGAGCCGCAGACACUACAAAAGUUGUGUUUGGAAAAGAUCUAUACCGUGGAGGCAACGGAACUGGCCCGCCUGAGAUCUUUGCGAGCUUUGGAAUGUCAGUUCGCUGAUCCUCUGGACAUUCAGCUUCUGUCUGAACUAAUCGAACUCGAAGAGCUGAAGCUGAUUGGCGAUGAAAAGUUAGACAAUAUGUUGCCUGGUGUCCUUGCAGUUACAAAGUCCUGCAAGAAGUUGGCUAGAAUUGAGAUAGACUGUUCUUCAUACCUGUCCCCUCGUGCCAACUUGGAAUUGGGUGAGAUCCUCGUCGAAAUUUUGAAGGACUGUCAAGAUAAAAUUGAUUUACGGAUCCACUUCGAUAUUGUGACAUAUGCGAUAUUCUUCAAUCGGGAAACAAAUAAAUUGUACCUUGACAUGGAUUUUUUUGGACACGAAAGUCUCGCGAUAGAAUCCUUAGCCCGCCUUGAAUCUGUAACCCAUAUGGAUCUAGUAAAUCGUAGUGGUGGCUCCCUGAGAGAACUCUUUGCCGCCCUUGCAAUGAAAAAUAAUUCCAAUCUACAGAGUCUGAACAUACCAGACCAACUUCUCAAGUUUGAUGACACGGUGGAAUUGGCCAAGAUUCCUUCGUUGACAAAAUUUAGAGUCAGGAUAUCUGAAGCAAGUUUUCAGCAUUUACUCCAUUUAAGCAAUUUCGUAGUAGAAUAUCCGGGAGCCGAUGCCAGAGAAAUAACGUUCGAUCAGUCCACUGGGAAAUUGUCUGUUUCUCUAUUACAUUUCUCAAUGAAGGACAUAAAUCCCCUAGCUAGCCUGCAGAAUUUGCGACACGUUACUUUUUCUAAUGUGCGCAUACGUGGAUCCAUGCUUAAUUUCUUGGGCCAGCUGGCCGCGUGUCAAGGCGAGACUCUGCAGGAACUGAGAGUGGACAGGCGUUAUGAAAUGAGCAAUGAAGAGCUGAGGGAAGUGAGUCGAAUGAAGUCUCUCCGAACCCUCGUCUGCAGUGUAUCCCAUGCUAAGAACAUAGAAAUAGAACAGCUGGCUCAACUUCCCCAGCUAGCAGUGCUGGAUGUUGGUUCCCACCGAGCGGGCUCCCUGAAGAACCUUCUUGGGAUUCUUGCCGCCAGCAAGGGCCCCACACUGGUACAUCUGGCUGUAAGGGGCGCAAGUCUCACCCCCCAAGAGGUGACCGAAGUGUCAGCUAUAGGUUCCUUGAAGGGACUCGAGUGCGCGUUCUGCAGCACAGAGGGUCUCGAAGUAUUGUCACAGCGAAACUGCAUCGAGCAUCUGGGCAUAACAACUAGGGAAGGUGAAGCCUCUCUGGUAGAUCUGCUCUCUGCUUUUGCAUCUUCUGGCGAAUCAAAUAUCCAGAAAUUAACUAUCGAUGGUCUGGCAGUCGGUCAGGAAUCAAUUACCGUAUUAAACCUUCUUCUUCGAAAUCCGAAACUGAAGUCGUUGAAGCUCCUAAUCAAAGAUACCCAGGGCAUUGAGGGUUUGGCCGAGUCUAUGCACCUCGAAGAUCUGACAAUAUCCUGUUUCCCCAAAAGGGGUUCUCUAGCAGGUCUCUUCCGCGCUUUUUCACUGAACGACUCAACCAAAUUAAAUAACUUGGUUAUAGAGCGCACUUUUAUCGACCUUGAGGAGACUCGCCAGCUCGCGCAGGUUGGUUCAAUCACAAGACUAAAGUGUGGCUUCAGAGACGGAGAAAGCUUCUCCCUCUUGGCUAAAAUGACUAAUCUUGAGAAUCUGGAAGUCACUUCGAAUAAUAGUUAUGGAGAUAUUUGUGACGGUCUCCUUGACAUAUUUCAAGAAUGUCGAAAGCUUAAGAGUAUUUUUGUGGGAAAAGCAUUGUACUCCAUCGAACAAAUCUUCCUAAAAAAAGCACUGGACAUUCUGAAAUCAGUGAGAGAUCCCUCAACUCAAGGUCCAUUGGAGAUACGGGUUUCGUCGUCUUCAUAUGAUUAUGUAGAUGGCCUGACCUCUAGGAUGACUGCCUUUAACAAAACUUAUUUGAUUGUCACCAACAACUGGAAAGAUUCCAAGGACGAGCCUGAGAGCGAUGAAGAGAGAGAUAAAGAGAGCGCUGAAGAGAGUGAGAAAGAGAGCGAGGAAGAGAGCGAGGAAGGGAGCGAGGAAGAGAGCGAUGAAGACGCGUAUCCACUGUGCAUAGGACAAAAUUUCGGGCAGUGCAGUCGGCACACGUACCCCGUAAAUUCAAUUCAAUAGAGCGAUGAAGACAGCGAUGAAGAGAUCUACAAAGAGAGCGAAUCUGAGAGCGAUUAAGGGAGGACUUAUCAUCAAUAUUCAAUGCACAUAACAAAUAAAUGCAGGCUUGCGGAGCCGAUACACUCGGGAAUAGGCAGAGCCGCAGCUCGUUGCAGAGGGCGGCCAGUGGGUAGAAGUCCAGAAGAGUCUCUGGUGGCGCAAAGGCGGGAUCCACCUGCUUGCGGGAGUGCAGCGUCACCUUGUUGAUCAGCGUGAACCUCUCCA